CUCGGCGCGGGGCGGGCGCGGGAGGGGAGGAGCCGCGCGGCUGCAGCAGGGCCGGCCCGGGCCUGGCGGUUGUGUGCAUAAGCAACAUAUAUUACCUACAGAUCUGAUAUUUAACAUGCAGAAAAGUAGAGGUCGGACAGGUAGAAAGAGAAGAAGAAAACAUUUUAAAGAUUUGCCUUCAGAUGGAGUAAAUUAUAGUCACAAACUGGAAUAUAUACAGCUUAAGAAAUGGCUGAAAGAAAGGGGAUUUGAAGACAAUCAUUUAAAGCCAGCACAAUUUUCAGAUACAGGAAGAGGACUAUUGACCACAAAAGCUUUUCAGGCAGAGGAGUUGAUUAUUUCAUUGCCUGAAAAAUGCUUACUCACCACUGCCACUGUCCUUAAUAGUUACCUUGGGAAAUACAUUGCAAGAUGGAAGCCUCCCCUGUCUCCUUUGAUAGUACUUUGUACAUUUUUAAUAGCAGAGAAACACACUGGGGAAAGAUCUCUGUGGAAGCCUUACCUUGACAUUCUACCAAAGACAUAUACCUGUCCUGUUUGUUUGGAACAAGAAGUAGUGAAACUUCUUCCUGAUCCCUUAAGAAGGAAGGCUCAGGAGCAAAGAACCGCGGUCCAGGAGCUUUACUCCUCUUCCAAGCCUUUCUUCUCUUCCCUGCAGCCUUUGUUAACAGAGAAUGUAGAGGCAGUUUUUACCUAUGAUGCCCUGCUGUGGGCUUGGUGUACCAUUAAUACAAGAACAGUGUACAUGAAACAGCCACAGAAGGAAUGCUUCUCUAGAGAGCCAGAUAUUUAUGCACUGGCUCCUUAUUUAGAUCUGCUCAAUCAUAGUCCACAUGUUCAGGUGAAAGGUACCUUUAAUGAGCAGACGAGAUGUUAUGAAAUUAGAAUGGAUUCACACUGCAGAAAAUAUAAAGAAGUGUUUAUCUGUUAUGGACCUCAUGAUAAUCAGCGACUCCUGCUAGAAUAUGGAUUUAUUGCCAUUGAUAACCCACAUAGUAGUGUUUAUGUCUCAACAGAUACUCUUCUUAAAUGUGUCUUUCCAGGGGACAAGAAGAGGAAUACAAAACUUUCCAUUCUAAAGGAUCAUAGCCUUUUGGAAAACUUGACGUUUGGAUGGGAUGGGCCAUCUUGGAGACUGCUCACAGCUCUCAAGCUGUUGUGUCUUGGAGCAGAUGAAUUUACUUGCUGGAAGAGAGUGCUAUUCGGUGAUGUGAUUUCAUCUGGAAAUGAAGCGAAGGCUUUGAAACUAGCAACAAAAAUAUGUUUUUCUUUAACAGAGGAGACACAGCAUGUCCUUCAUCAGAUUUCUCAUUUGAAAAAGGAUAACGUAAACCUUGAAGCCCAGCUGGCUUUGAUAAAGGGACUGCGCCUGGAAGACCUAAGGAUCUUGCAAAAGUCAGCAGAGAUUCUGUCCAACUUGAAUGCUACAGCCACUUGACUGCUUGAGAAAGUUGUUCAUGUCUGUUACGACUCAGUGGAUCUCGCUGGCCAGGAGCUACAGGCCUGCCUGACUCAGACACCAUAAAUGACCAGUAACUGCAAAAUAAUAAUGUUAAAUUAUGGUGAAAAUGGGUCCAGCUUUGUUUACAUAUAUUCAUACCAGAUAUGGGAAGAUAUUCUGUACUGGAUCACCCAAGAAAUACAUCAUGGAACAGGAGUCGGCAACAUAUGGCCUGUGGGCUAGAUCUGGCCUACAGAAUCUUUGGACCCAGCUGGCUGAUGUGGGGCUUCAGUAACAUUCAGUGGUCAGGAGCACUGGCUAUAGGCUCUGCGCCUGUGCUGUUGUGGGGACCAGCAGUGGCAGCUGCAGAGUCCUAGCGCCUGUCUUCCUCCAAUUUGGAGUGGGUCAUUUUGGCCCUUAGUCAGAAAAGUUUGCCUACUUCUGGCAUAGAUAAUGCAGCUGAAGGGAAAGGGGGACAAACUUAUCUUUCUGUCUCUGAGUCAUUCAGAUUCGGGAGGAUCAGUGUUUGGAACUUUCUACUGCCUAUGGACUGUAUGGGAGCCCAGUAUCUCUCUCUGGGCCCUCCAGCUUACUAAUGACCUCUUUAAUUUUCCUGUCAUGCCUUGAUCUUACUUAUAAGUUUAGGAAACUGCCAUAUCUAGUCUUCAUCCUCUCAGGUACUGAUACUGGCUCCUGCACACUUAUGUAGGCAUCCUUUUUGUCUCUCCUGUUAAGGGGUGCCUGCUUGAAUCCUCCCACAAUAGAGGUGACUAGCAGGACCUCUCACACUCCACAGUUUUACCACUCUUGUAUGGUCCCAGUGAGUCUUUCUUAUUUUCAUAUUCCCCCUUAGACACUCCAUGAAGGAUCAGUCCAUUGGUUCCCUGGGAGCUCUGCAAUUUCUCUCAGCCCUACAGGGGUGUGUCCUUAGGUUGAAGGAGCUGUCUGUUCCUCCCAUAGGCAACGCUGUGCUCAAAGUCCAUGAGCCCCACAUUUAAAGCAAUGUCCAUGGGUGGAGGGGACCUCUAUCUCUGGGGUUGUCCUGACCUCUCUGUGGGCCUUACUUUCUGUUGGACUGAGUCCUUGGUCAACCUUCCCCAGCUUCCUUAAGUGUUCCCUUCUAACCGUGUCCUGAUCCACUGAAAAAUCUUCAGCAAGCUACACCACUUCUUCCAGUAUUAUGAGGCAGUGUCUCCUCACCCAGUCUCUACCCCCAGUCUCUAAAUCCCACAGUAUUUGUUCUAAUACUGUCUUCUCCACUACUUCCUUGGCUGUUCCUACAUCUAGGUGAUGUCCAUAGGGUCUAACUCUGUGCUUGGGGUUAGUGAAGCAUCUGGUCUUUCUAGUCUCUAAAUUGCUGGCAUUGUGACUCUUGCUAUGCCUCUUUAACAUAGUACAACCUGUUUGACUAUUUCAUAGUUGUGAACCUCCUCUUAUGUCAGGACCUCAUAGGCUUGGCCUUCACUUAUUAAGAGUGUGCCUGAUCAUAGUUGGGGGUUGGACUAGAUGACCUUUUGAGGUCCCUUCCAACCCCGAUUUUCUAUGAUUUUAUGGUGUCCAUGAUUCCUUAUCCCACCCUGUUCCCUCAGCUGUCCUUUCAAUGGCUUCCUGGUAGGUCUCUGGCCCUCACCUGUCAUUUUUUCUACUUUGAUGUUGUAAUUCUUUCAUGAGUCUUUUUCCCACCCCUGCAAUGAAGAGGUUAACUACUAGCUUGUGUUGGUGCAUUGCCAAACUUACUGAACUUCCUUUCUUGUAGCCCUGCAGUUUACAGCCCAUAGCACUGCAACUUACUGCCUUGUGGCAUGCACUUGCCCUCUUCUAAGUAACAUGAUUAGGGCUGCUGUUACAUUCCCACAUUGCUUUGGAGCAGUGGAUGGAACUGUAUUGCUAUUCUAUGGGUCAGUCCUGCUUGACCAUCAUGGCAGGCUCCCUUGUCCGGAAAGACUCAUCAUAGUAGCAUGUGUAGGAACUUGUGCCUCUUAUAUUUACUUGUGAAGAAUGUUAGAAUAGGUCCCAGGAUGUUAAUGGCUUUUGAUAGUCUCCCUUCAUUGUGGGAGAAUCCACUUAUCCUCAGCUUCCUUGGUUAAUGAAACCUUUUAUCAGUCACUUAGACUAUAGAAAGGUAUGAUGUAACUAUCACCUAAGCAGCUGCAGGAUGAUACAGGAGCAUGCAUUUAGAGGACUGACAGGGCAGUGACGUGGUUUCACGUCAAGGAUAGAACACCACCAGUUGUUAUGCUUGUGAACUAUUUUGAGAGAGCCUCACUGAGUGUUGGGAGGCUAACAUGCAGAGAUUUUCAGAAUUUCACAAGCAGCCUGAGAGAAGCUGCCUUCAAAAGGGCAGGGCUGCCUUCUGCUCCCACUUGGAGGCUAGUCCCUGUCCUCAAGGGGCACAUCUCUACAAGUGGGAAUGUGCAUUUCCCUGGGGUUGUGCCACUGCUAGUUGUCCCCGGGGAACACCCCUGCAUGCUUGCGUGGCAAAUUGCCCCAGGUGGGGCAAGGGGAGGCUAGGGCCAGCACCUGGUUUGGCCUCAGCAGCUUGACCUGGGGUCCUGGGUGUCUUCUGGGGCUGCAGCGGCAGCAGUCCAGGCACACAGAGCUUGGCUGGCAACUGGAGCAUGGCUCUGGUUGGCCAUGCUCUGGUUUUGGGCAGUGCACGCUGUAGCCAUGUGUGGUGCCCUGCUUUUCUUUGGCAAUAUAUAUUUUUGACACUGGGAUUUCCUGGUGUCGAAAAACCCCACUGUGCUGCAAAUUAGCAGCACAGUGAAUGCAUGCACAUGUGGCUUGUGGCACUGCAGGCAGGUUUGUGGCACUGCAAAUCGCACAUGCACGCUUGUGGGACAUGCCCAUGAGGACUAACUUUUGUGUUUUAACUUGCAUCUGACUGAACCUGAGUUUAGAACACUUUCUUCAUGUCUUGUGUAUCGAAUCUGUGGAGUGGUUUAUAGAUUUUUAUAUAUUUAUGACAUUUUUACAGAUGUUUUUAUAUGGAAGGAUCUUGGUUCUUCAUUACAUUAUUAGUCACAAUUCAACAAAAGCAUUUAUUUAAAAAUGUAAACAAAAAUGAAUUGUAUAUAAAUAUGUGGAAGUAGAAACAAUUGCAAACUCUGUCAUGUAAAAAAAACAGUACUUAAAAGCAGUGCAAGAGUAUAAACUUAUCAAGAACAUGGAGUUUAUCAAAGAGUGGAAGUGAGUGCAUGUUUUGGCCUUGCAGCUCUAAUUGCUAGAUUCCAGCCACAGGUGGCAUGGACAGAGGUAGGGACACACACACAUACACAUAUCCAAGAAGUAGGGACACACACGUACAGACACACGCCCUAAACAGUAUCAAACAGUCAUGGUUUUUGGCUGGCUGCUUGUUAUACUGCACUUCUAUAUUCAUGGCAAACUUCAAUGGAGCCAUGUUCGCGGCCCUACUCAGCGCUGAGCGGGACCCUGUGCUCUGCCCUGCAGCUAAUGGGUUAAGAAAAUUGAGCUCUUCCUGUGCACUAAAUGUUUUCCUUAACAAUAAAUGGUCUCUCCAGAAGGAGAACACUCCAUGAUGUCUUGCAGAGGAGCCAUGGACACUUACAUUUGCCUAAGACAGUUGUUCUGAAUGUUUUUAGACUUCAUAAUUUUUGUGAAAUGAACAGCACCUUAUUUAAAAAAUGAAUUUAUUUAUUACAGUUCUUAUUUACUUCCUUGCAAAAAGGUUGGGCAAUGGGGGAGGGGCAGGAGUAGAAGAGUAGCAGCUGGAGAGGGUGAGGGUCUGCACUUAAUCGCCUUGCACUGCACCAUAUCCAUAAAAGAAUUUCAUGGCACCCAGAUUGAGAAUCAGUUGCCUAGUGGUUAAAGCAGUCAGCUACUAGGGGCCUGGCUACUAGGUCUUCUUCGGCAUAAGGGGACUCAAACCCAUGUCUACUAAAAGAGUGUCCCUACUAGAUUAGAGUAGGGGUGCUUAACCUCCAACCCGCAGACCAGAUCUGGCCCCUGGUGUCAUGUCAUUCAGUAGGGCUUCCCAUAGGGGAACAGUGGUGGCAUUGAUUGGUGCUCCUCUGCUGCCAAAUUUUUGGACCUGAGGAGUCCCAUGGGCCAGAUUUCAUUUCCUUGCAUGCUAAAUUGGGCAUGAAGGGCAGCAUGGAGUCUAAUCCCAGUAUAUGAGGCCAGGUGGAGGCAGCAUGGAGUCUGAUCCUGGUGCAUGAGGUCAGGCAGGAUCAGCAUGGAGUGCCAGGGCCCAAAGCUAGCAUAUGGGACCCUAUCUUUGGGUGGGGGUGGUGUAGGCCCUAUCUGCGUGUACAGGGGCUAGCCAAAGCCAUAUGGGGCCUGAUCUGGAUGUUUGGGGUUCAAUCCAGCCUUCAGACCAGCUCUAUGCCCCUCUUCAGGCCAGUGGGGCCAAAAGGUUGAGCUCCACUGGGCUGGAGGACUCCCAUGGAAGUUGUGCUAUUGUGUAGUCAAGAAUGCAAGAUUUAUGAGGCCAGAGAGAGAUUAAGCAAUAGGGAAUAUAUCUCUAAGGGUGAGAGCAGUUUCCUGCACUGGGUGAGCCCUGGAUUCUGGUCCAUAUUCUUUAUGUUUUAGCUAAUGUUUCUGUAAUCUGAAGCUGACUUCUUCAGUGAAAAGGGAUGCAUCGUUCUGCACAUCUGCUUGCUCUAGGUGUUUAGCAUAGAUGGCAAACUUCAGUGAUAGCAAUAUAUUUAUGACUUUUUUCCUUCUAUCAUCAAUGUAGGAGUAAUUUAGCUUGAGGAAUCUAGAUUCCAUUUUGGCUGGUUAGUCAACAGACCCAUUAACAAAGUCCCCCCUGUGUGCCAUCAGUUACAUCUGUGCAGUCACAGUCAAGUAUAUGGGUCUGCACAGAUGUAAAAGGGAGCACACACUUUAUUGCAGGUAUAAGAAGUGAAGUCAGAAGAAACCCUACUUGAUUUUCAGAUCCCCAGGUUAGUUUGUAGGGCUGGCACUUUUGGAAGGGGAGAUAGGGAGGGACGUAUUUUUAGGCAGUUGGGUUAAUGCAAUCUGGAGUCACUGAAAAAUGAUAAGCAUAAAACUGUAAGCUGCCAUCUUUACUGAGUCACUUUUCACAGUAUAAUUCUACUUUAAAGUGAAUAACAUAUGGAUUUCUUUCCUUUGAUCUCUUCCAGAGAGUAGCUUCUAAUUUCCAGAUUUCUUCAGUUGUAACAUGUAGAAAUCAUUUAUCAUUGCUUAGUGCUUUUAGAGCUGACUGUUCAGGACAAUAUCAGGUAAUCUCAACUCCUGAGGCCUAUUAAUAAAAGUUUUUAAAUAUGCUAUGAAAACAUUUUCAAGAUGAUACUCUCUAAGGAAGAGCAUUUAAAUGAUAGCUCAGGGGAGAUCUUGACCCUCAGAAGACUCCCUGAGAAUAUAAUAUGUUUUUGAAGAAGAUCUCUACCACAAUGUGAAUUUGAAGUGAUUGUAAGCUCUCUCUCUGAGGGAAACGAUAAACAGUUGGGUGGUAGGAGAGGCUGGCAAAAAACCUGUCUGGUUUAUUUCAUUACACACAAAUCUUGAACUACGUUUAUGCAAAUGUGGCCUCAUUUUCACAUGCGGUAGGGCCAAUAUUUGGUUUUUCAGAAAAAAUCCUGUGAAAUGUAUACUGUUUUAUGGUUUCAAUGCAAAGCCAGGAGAAUCUUGGCAGUUUUGGAAGGACUUUUACUAUAAAGUUAAAAUUGUAUUAAUUUUCAAAAUGAAAAGCCAAACUUGGAUUAUGUGAAUCCAAACAAACUGGUUAUGUCUACAUAAGAUGCUACAUUGCCAUAGCAACAUGCUGUGGUGACAUAGCAACAGCAGGUACAAACCGUGAUGCUAAUGCUAGGUUGCCGUAGUGAUGAGCUACCUCUCUAUAGCGAAUCACUAUGGGAACGCAGCUGCUAAAAAUAACCGUGCACCACUGGGAUGGCGGCACAUAGUUUAGUACUUCCUAAAACAAGUAUACACCCACCGAAAUGGAAAGAAACAAUCACAUAGUUCCAAUAAUUUUUAACUUGUAUAAUCUUGAGGACAUCUAAAUCCUAGAACUCAGUUUUACACUUCUUAAUGUGUAAGUAGCGAUUUAAUGCAAAAUACACAUUCUUGUAUUUGUGUUUGGCUGCUACCAUACUACCUUGGUACAAACCCAAAGAUGUUACCAAAACAACUUUAUUGACUGACUUAAAUAAAACUAGUGCAAUUUCAAUAAUGCCCACUAGAUGAAGCUAGUGUACUGCUGCAAAGAGAGAAAAUUACAGUGUAUCUACAUAUCAUUAUUACCCUACCUCUUACAUUUUUUUAAUGGGGAAGAAGGCCCUCUUUUCAGCAGGCAAUGUCUGUGAUUUGAUUUUCAUAGUUUAGGAAACGGCACUCCAUUGCUAUUAGGAUAAAAUUACAAAGUUAUAUCCUACUCCUUUGCAUUUAGAGUAAGACAUAGCAAAGUUUCUUGAAAGAAUGUUAUUCCUCGCUGCAUUCUUCCAUCUUCUUUUGGUCUGUCUUUUGUAGUAGCCCCUCUGAGUCUCCUUUCUUAGAUAUUCCAAUGCAAGACACCAACUCUUGGCCCAGUUUAUCUUUCUUAACAUUAUUUAGCCUCAUUCAUUAAGGUGCAAUUGAGAGCUGUCCACUUAAAUUGUCUCCGCAUAUUAGGGGCCUGAUUCUCUUCUUAUCUAUACCAGUUUCAGACUGAUGUAGUUUUAUUGAUAUCACUGGGAUGAUUUCCCGCUUGCUGGGGUUGACAAGCAGAGAAACUGGGAGCUUGCAUCUCACUGAAAACUCAGUGUUCUCUUUCGUUCUCAUAAAAAGUUGCAGGUAUAACCAGUGCCGUGGCAAAUUUGGUGCCCAGGGCAAAGCCUGUAGAGGCAGCCCUCCCUCACCUCACGCACAGAUCUGUGGGGCAUACGCCUUCCCCACGCUUGCCUGGGAGUGCACACAGCAACAGGAGCCACGCUCCCCCCAUCCCUGUGCCCCCCAAAUAAGCCGCUCAUGGCUCCAUUCCGUGCCCUGCCCCGGGUGGGCAGCGCCUAUUGGCACCCCUUUGUUUCGGCACCUGGGGCAGUCACCUCGCUUGCCCCAACUUUGCUAUAGCACUGGGUGUAAUUCCAUGCAUUCAUGCUGAAGCUGAGCAGUAUGGAGUAGUCACAAGUCUGUUGGAACCAGUAAGAAUUAAUUACAGGUGCUUAGUACCUUUCAGGAUACAGUCCUUUUUUCCUGGGCCCACCCUCCCUCCUCCAGAUACAGUUAAAAACCACAAGAUACUUGGCACCUACCCUGAUUGGCAUCAAAGGCAGAGCCUGAACUGAAGCCUGUGAGACUGACUAAUAAUAUCUCUGUCCCAGGCUUUUGCUGGCAUGAAUGAGAGUCCUAGGGCUUGUCUUUAUUUUUGCUAUGUCAGUGUUAUGCUGUUUUACAUCUGUUGACUUCAGUAGAAUUAAGGCUUGCCUUGCUGAGAUCAGACUUAGCCCUUAAUCUUUGUUCUUAAGCAAAGUGUAUGCAAGAUAGUGUCGCUUUAAACCACAGAUAUUGCUCAUAUUUAAACAAAAAAAAAUAUCCAUUUGUACUGGGCCCACUUCAGUUGUAAUAUAAUUCCAGUUCUCACAGCAAAAAAAUUAAAAAAAAAAAACUUUGUCAAAUUAGCUCAUAACUAAGACUCUACUUCUCUGCUUCCAGAUAUGACCAACGUCCUCCAAAGCAGCAUUUUUUUCCACAGGUUCAGUUUUUAUUUUCAUGUUUUCACUGGUUACCAAAAGAGAGAAGCAAGCUACAAUCAUAGCUGCAAGCUUUGUAUUCAGGUACUGUGGAUUGAAACUGGUAUAAAACCCUUCAUGUUAACAUCAGUAUAACUGAGAUUAGAGUAAUUUUACAAGACUUGGCUAUAUCAACAUAACAUGUUCCUUAUUUGUAAAAUUAACAUUUCUUUCAUUCUAAUUUUCUGGUGUUGAUGGUUGUCCUUUUGAGUCACACUUGAUACUUUAAUGCAAAUUAUGAAGGAUAAGAAAAUAAGCUUUUUUUAAUAGCUUUGUUUAAAAUCUUAACAGAGCAGGGCAUGAAAGAGGGAUGAUUUAUGUCAAUGAUAAAUCACACCUAUUUUCAAAAGCACUAGUAGUCAGCCUGUAGUGGAAUGUUCUUUUUUUUUAUGUGGAUUGUGCUGUCAGUGUUAAAAUGUAUUUUUUUAAAUAAGAACUUGAUUAAUGGACAGAUUUUCCAUUGAUUUUAAUGGUAGAUCUUAAUAAUUUUAGUAAUUAAAAAAAGACCUGCUUUCGCCUUGUAAUUUCCCCACAGAUAUUAUAAUAUAAGGGCUUGACUCUAUGCGCCUUUACCACAGGAAGAGUUUGAGGCAUAACUUGAAAUGUGGGUGCCAUGGGCAGCACUGGGGAGAGGUGGUGGGUGGGAUGGAGGGAAGUGAUGAAGGGAAUGCUGUGGAUAUUGUGCAUCUGAACUUCAGUUAAGUCUUUUGACAAGGUCCCACAUAACCUUUUCAUAAAUAGGAGAAAUGUGGUCUGGACAGAACUACUGUAAGGCGGAUAGAUAACUGGCUCAAUAGCCCUCAGCAAAGGGUAAUUAUUAACAGGUCCAUGUCAGGAUGGCAGGAGGCUUUGAGUGGAGUCGAACAGGGAUCUGUCCUGGUGCUGUUCAGUGUAUUUAUUAAUGAUUUGAAUGCUGGCAUAGAAAGCUUCUUGAGCAAGUUUGUGGACAACACAAAAUGGAAGGAUUGUGAAUGUGUUGGAGGAUGCAAGUGUAAUUCAGAAGGAUCUCAACAGAUUGGAAAGCUGGGCUGGAGUUAACAGAAAGAAGUUCAGUGCACACAAAUGCAAGGUGCUCCAUCUCAGGAAAAUUAACCAAAAACACGAAGGUAAAAUAGUGAUACCUAGUUGGAUGGCAGCACUUUGCCUGGCAGUCUUGGUAGAUCUCAGACUCAAUAGGAGUCUGCAGUGUGAUUCAUAGAUUCAUAGAUGUUAGGGUCGGAAGGGACCUCAAUAGAUCAUCGAGUCCUACCCCCUGCAUAAGCAGGAAAGAGUGCUGGGUCUAGAUGACCCCAGCUAGAUACUCAUCUAACCUCCUCUUGAAGACCCCCAAGGUAGGGGAGAGCACCACCUCCCUUGGGAGCCUGUUCCAGACCUUGGCCACUCGAACUGUGAAGAAGUUCUUCCUAAUGUCCAAUCUAAAUCUGCUCUCUGCUAGCUUGUGGCCAUUGUUUCUUGUAACCCCCGGGGGCGCCAUGGUGAAUAAAUACUCACCAAUUCCCUUCUGUGCCCCCGUGAUGAACUUAUAGGCAGCCACAAGGUCGCCUCUCAACCUUCUCUUGCGGAGGCUGAAAAGGUCCAGUUUCUCUAGUCUCUCGUCGUAGGGCUUGGUCUGCAGGCCCUUAAUCAUACGAGUGGCCCUUCUCUGGACCCUCUCCAGGUUAUCUGCAUCCUUCUUGAAGUGUGGCGCCCAGAAUUGCACACAGUACUCCAACUGCCGUCUGACCAGCGCCCGAUAGAGGGGAAGUAUCACCUCCUUGGACCUAUUUGUCAUGCAUCUGCUGAUGCACGAUAAAGUGCCAUUGGCUUUUUUGAUGGCUUCGUCACACUGCUGACUCAUGUUCAUCUUGGAGUCCACUAGGACUCCAAGAUCCCUUUCCACCUCUGUGCCACCCAGCAGGUCAUUUCCUAGGCUGUAGGUGUGCUGGACAUUUUUCCUCCCUAGGUGCAGCACUUUGCAUUUCUCCUUGUUGAACUGCAUCCUGUUGUUUUCUGCCCACUUGUCCAACCUGUCCAGGUCUGCCUGCAGCUGUUCCCUGCCCUCCGGUGUGUCCACUUCUCCCCAUAGCUUUGUGUCAUCUGCAAACUUGGACAGAGUACAUUUCACUCCCUCGUCCAAGUCACUGAUGAAGACAUUAAAGAGUAUCGGUCCAAGGACCGAGCUCUGCGGGACCCCACUGCCCACACCCUUCCAGGUCGAAACCGACCCAUCUACCACGACUCUCUGGGUGCAACCCUCCAGCCAAUUUGCCACCCACUGGACUGUGUAGUCAUCCAAUUCACAGCCUCUUAACUUGUUCACCAGUAUGGGGUGGGAUACCGUAUCGAAGGCCUUCCUGAAGUCUAAAUAUACAACAUCCACCCCUCCUUCUGUGUCCAGGUGUUUCGUAACCUGGUCAUAAAAAGAGAUUAGAUUGGUCAGGCACGAUCUGCCUGCCACGAACCCGUGCUGGUUUCCCCUCAGCAUAAUUUGUCCUGCCAGGCUCUCACAAAUGUGAGCCUUGAUAAUUUUUUCAAGGACUUUGCCAAGGAUGGAGGUGAGACUGACUGGCCUGUAGUUGCCCGGGUCCUCCUUCCUCCCCUUCUUGAAAAUGGGGACCACGUUGGCCCUUUUCCAGUCCUCCGGGACUUGGCCCGUGCGCCACGAGCGUUCAAAUAUUCCCGCCAGUGGCUCUGCAAUGAUGUCGGCCAGCGCCUUCAGCACCCUCGGAUGGAGCUCAUCCGGGCCUGCCGACCGUGUGAUGCAGCUUCACAGAAGUUGUGUGUGGUUUUGUGAUGCAUCAAUAGAAGUAUUAGGUACAAGACAUGGGAGGUAAAAGUGCCCCUCUACUCAGCACUAGUUAGGUCUCAUCUGGAGUAUUGUGUGCAGUUCUGGGCUCCACAUUGUAAAAAGGAUGUGGAGAAGUUAGAGAGGGUCCAGAGGCAGGCAACAAAGAUAAUAAAGGGCUUGGGAGGCAAGUUAUAUGAGGAGAGGCUGAAGGAGCUCAGCACUGUCAAUUCGUGGAACUUAAGAGGGGACAUGCCAACAGUCUUCAAAUACUUGAAGGACUGCCAUAAAGAAGAGGAAAGGCACCUUCUAUUGCUGAAGAGAGGAGGGCAUGGACCAAUGGCUUGAGGUUGCAGAAAAGUAAGUUUAGGUUAGAUAUCAGGAAAAACUUCUUCACAAUUAGAACAUUGAGGCAGUGGAAUAGACUGCCUAGGGAAGUUGUGGCCUCUCCUUCAUUGGAGGUGUUCAAGAAAAGGUUGGACAACCACUGGUUGGGGAUGAUCUAGGCAUAGCUAUAUCUAUGUUCUACCAUGGGUAUUUCCUGUGCUUCUGGCCUUUGCUGGUUGCCCCUCCCCACCUUUCUGCUAUGUGUCAUGGUGUUUUUAAGCCUUCCUCAGAGACAUUGGAUGUUGGCUACAGCAAGGCUGGGGACUGUGACGGAAGUGUGCCAGUGCUCCUGCUAGGACCAAAGCCAGAGGUUCCUGGCUAGAGGAUUUUUCCCUUCUGCUCAGAGUCAGGCCAAUUGCCAUACUUGAGGUCAGGAAGAAGUUUUACCCCAUGGUCAAAUUGGUAUGGACUGUGAGGGUUUUUGCCUUUCUUUGUUGUGGGAGGCAUGACCCUCUACUUAGGACCUCUUGAAUAUAUAUUGACAACCUUUUAUAGAAGCAAUACAUUGGCUGUCAUGGUUCCCCUGCUUUACCUGUGGCAGGUUAGGGCAUUAUGUUUAUGUUGUGUCAGCAUUGAUGAUAGCCUUAUGUAGAGUUUAGAUUACAGAUUGUAUAGGAUGGUUUGAUUAGGGAUGAUCUUGCCUCAGGCAGGGGGUUGGACUAGAUGACCUUUGGAAGUCCCUUCCAGGCCUACUUCUCUGUGACUGUAUGGGCAAACAAGCAUGGACGUUUGAGGUAUCACAAACCACACACAUCACACAUGCACCCUUUUGCUGUGCUGUUAAUUUGCAAUGCCGUGGGUUUUUUUGACACCAAGAGAUCCAAAUGUCAAAAAAAACCACCACUGAAAAAAGAUAUGAUGCAUGCAACAGCAGCAUGCGAAGCCAGAAAGGGAGCCUAGCCAGCCAGAGCCACACUCUGGCUGCUGGCCAGGCUGUAAGCAGCUGGAUCACUGCAGCUGCUGCCCUGGGAGGCCCCCAGGAGCCCAGAUAAGGCUGCUAGGACCAGCACAGGUGCUGGCCUCAGCCUCCCCUGCCCCACCCAGGACAAUUUGCCCUGCACCAACCCCACUUACAGGGGUGUGCAUUAUGGUAAAAAGCAGUGCAAAUUUGUGCCACUGCUAUUUUUUGCUGCAGCAACCUCAUGCCCCUUCAUAUGGGGACAUGCCUUCUGAGUCUGUGAUCUCUCAGAGCAGAGGUUAUCACAAUUGUAGCAUGGUGCUAGCUGCUGCCACCUCAGUGUAAACUCUGAACACCAGUGGCAGCAGUGUGGGUUCCUUGUGGACUCCCUUUUCAGUGUCUGCUCUAAUGAGUGCCUGGGGCUAGUGCCCCAGUCAUCCUCCCUAGGUUCGCUUCUGAGAAGAGUGCCUUGUCAUGUGAGUUGAAGCCAAAUUGUACUCUCAGUUCUGCCAUUGGGAAACUAGAUCAGCUUCACCAAAAGUGGAAGUGGCCCUGGCUUGUCUAUAGAAACCUUGUUUAUACUAGAAAAAUCACCUGGUACUGACAGGAGGCAUCAGGAAUAGGUGCAGUUGAACUGGCUCUUUGGUUCAUUUUUAUCUAACUAUACGAGCUAAAUUUCCAGCAUCAUUGUCAACAAUGCAUCACUUUUCUAGAAAGAACAUUUUUUUAAACAUUUCUCUUCACAAAAGAAAAUGUUCUAAUCAGUAAAAAUUCUACAGAAAACUCAGAAAUAAACAAAAGUGAAACAGAAGGAAAACGCUCUGCCCACAUUUUCUCUACUCAGGUUCUAAGCUUUGAGUCUAAGUAAAUGGCAAGGUAUAAAUGUGAAAUGGCCAAUAAAAAAAAAGCUGUGAUAGUUAUUUGGAUAGUUAUGAAAACCAUCUGGAUCAGCAGCUGUUGUAAUUGUACUUUCACUGUUUGAAAGGCUAAUACAUUUAAACAGAAAGACUGAGAUGCAAGGAACUACAAGAGCUACACCGUUUAGUGUUAAAUGGUAAGGUUUGCUCAUCUCCUGGGUUGUAGGGUGCCUGCACGACAACAGCUAGCAUUGUCACAAUAAAUGGACUGGUAGUUACAUCCCGGCUGCAGCAGGGGAGAUCUCCGUCAACCGCACCGUGCCAGGCUGUGAGAACCAGAUGCGCCCUGAUAUCGUUAUCAUGAACGAAGAGGCCAAGAAGGUUGUGAUCAUGGACGUGGCCAUCCCCUUUGAGAACUGGCAUAAAGCCUUCACCAAUGCCAGGGCUUGCAAGCAGAAGUACACCCCACUGGCCGACAUCCUAAGGGGCCGUGGCUACGAUGUGAUGAUUGACACGCUCAUCAUGGGAAUGCUUGGAGUCUGGGACCCCAGCAACGAGAGUGUCCAGCAUGCCUGCCGCUAUGCCAUGCUGAUGCGCUGCCUCCUGGUGUCUGACACAAUCUGCUGGUCCUGUGACAUCUAUGUGGAGCACAUCAUGGGCCACUGCCAGUACAAUAACCCCGUCAGAUUAACUGCCACCAGACUGGACCCAGAGGGGACCACCUGAAUCCCGCUCUGCACCUGAUGGACUUCACUUUGAGAAGAAUCUUCAGCAACGGACCACCAUGCUCCACCCGAAGAGGACCCUAUAUGGACUGAGAUGAGACUCUAUAUGGACUGAGAAACUUUCUUCAACUUCUUCCUCCACCAUUGUGGACCAUUGUACGGGUUUGUGUGUAUCUAUCUUCUUUCUCUCUCAGCAUCACAAACCCCCUCCCUCCCCUUUCCCCAUGCCCAGGUUUAGUUGGCUAACAUUGUAUUUUCUGUAACCUAGUUGCAUUCCGUUCUUCACCCCCAUCCUUCUUAUGUUAGUCUCUCGCUCGGGUAAUCUGUAUUUCCCUACUGGCUUUGUCAUCUUUUUGGGUUCAUAACUGUUAACAUCUACUAAUAGAAUUCAGUCUGUUCUUAAGACUUGCAAGACUCCCAGCUCUGACACUGAAUUACUGCAUGACUCUGGUGAAUGGAGUUAGGUAUCUAAAUACCUUUGAGGAUCUGGGAUUUGGUAUCUGUGGGCACGUCUACACAAGACAGUCAAUGUGCAGUAGCCUAAUAACACUGCGCCAUAGUGUGCCAGGCAAAAACCGUGUUAAUAUGCUACUGUGCAGUAGUAUUAGGCUACUGUGCACUGCAGUAUGCCUGUGUGAAUAGGGAAGUAUUUGAAUUUGGCCGAUUCAUAGGACAGUGAUUCAAUUCAGAGAUUCGGAUCGCUGUCCUGAAUUGAUUCAGCCAAAUCAGCUUUGGAAGAUUUGGCACUGAUUCAGAGAGAUUCAGUGAUUUGAAUUGGCCGGGGAGAGGCAGGAACAGCCAGGCGGCUGCAGGUUCUUCCACGACUCUUCCAGCUGUGCCUAUCUCUCUCCAGGCUUGGGGAGCCAUGGGAGAAGCCCGCAUGUCUGCCCUGCCUGGCCCCAUCCCCUGCCCGGCCCCAGCCUAAUCCCAGCACUUAAAAAAAAAAGCCCUGCACUCGCUGGUUGCUGGAGUGGUCAUUAGGCAGAGCCCCCCCACACAACAUGGGGCAGUGGGGGGCAGCAGGGAUUCCUCCCCGCUUGGUACCCGUGUGGCAGCUGCCCCAUGUGCGAGUGAAGCAUGGCUUGGCAGGGCUCUGUGCGCUGCCUGGGAUCUGGGGUCACUGGGGCUGUGUGCUGCUGGGUUCUGCCUGACUGCUGGAGCUUCUGCAGCUCCCAGACAGUGCAUGGUGCCCUGCUGAGGCAUGCUGCACCCAUGCAAUGUGACAGCUGCCGCAUGGGUGCCAAGUGUGGGGGGGGUGAUCCCCACUGCCCCACACUGUGUGGGGGGACUCUGUCAUGCAUGCCCAGAGGCCCCAAUCACCGCUCCUGCAGCUGGUGACUGUGGAGCUUUAAAAAAAAAAAAGUCCUAUACUCAUCAGCUGCAGGAUCGGCAAUUGGGGCCUCUGGGUGCUUGUGGCGGAGCCCCCACAGGCCGUGGGGAAUGACCCCCCACCACUUGGCACCCACGCAGCAGCUGUUGCAUUGUGCAGGUGCAGUGUGGCUUGGCAGGGCUGGGAGCUGGGGCCACUAGGGUUGAGCACUGCCAGGCUCCAGCUGAAUGCCGGAGCCGCCCCAUUUCCCAGGCAGCGUGCAGCGUCCUGCUGAGCAGCUGCUGCGUGGGUGCCAAGUGGGGUGGGGGAGAUUGGGGCCUCAGAGGCCCCAGUUGCCGCUGCCAGAGCCGGUGAGUAUGGGGCUUUUUUUUUUUAAGUGCCCUGCUGCUGCUUGCCCAGCUGGUGCAGGGGUGGCAGCAGGGCGUAGCCCCCACUCCCAGAGCUGCCGUGCCUGCAUCAAUGUUGGGAGCAGAGGCUCUGCCCUGCCACCGCUUAUCAGCCAGCAUGGCCGGUGCAAGUUCUGGGCGCGGCAGCAUUGGGAGCAGUGGUUAUGUACUGCUACCACUUGCCCCCUCCCAUAUGGAGCAAGCCGUGCCUGCAUCCUGCCCCCUCCACUCUGGCUGGGCAAGCAGCAGCAGGGAAGAAACCCCACUCCCAGUGCUGCUGCACUGCAUCCUGGACUCUCCCACUCCCCUCCCCGAGUAACACCCCACCCAUCCCUGCUGGGCAGCUUGUCCAACCCCCAGGCCGAAUCCUUCCCUCCCCCAUGCCCAUUCCUUCCCCCUUCCCCCAACCCCAACAGACUUAUCAGCUGGAGGCAGCUGUCAGCUGCCUGUUUUCCAAAGUUUUUCUGAAUCAAUUCAGAUGCUUCAAAUCAAUUUGGAUCUUUUACUUGGUCUCCCAGUUUGAUUCGGAUUUGGAGUUUCGGUCCCCAUACCGGGCCGAAUCUUCUCCGUAUCAAAUCAGCUACUGAAGCUUUACACAGCCCUACUAUGCAGUAAGUGUCACUAAAAACUAUGUGCCGGUGCUACUGCGUGGUGACUGUAGUUACCAUGCAUUUAGUUAGUACAGUAAAAUCUCUGUUGUCUGGCAUCUCUGGGGUAAGGGGAUUGCUGGUUAUGUAAAAACUCCAGUUAUCUGAAAUAACCCAGCAGGGUUUUCAGAUAACAUGGAGCAGGGGGGAGGGGGUGGAGGCCACAUGCAGAGUGGCAGCAGCUCAGGGUGGUGGGUGGUGGCAGUGAUGGCAGCAUGCAAACUUUCCCCUGGGCCGCCCCCCCCCCCCCACACACACACAUUUGGCUGACAGAGCACAGGGUGGCAGGUGGCGGUGGCUGCAUGUGGAGUGGUGGUAGCAUGGGGUGGUGGCGGUGGCCGCUGUGUGCAAGCUUUCCCCUGCCCGCCUCCUGCAUCUGAUCGUCUGGCUGGAAACUCCAGUUAAUAGAGUUGAUGAAGUACCAGAUAACAGAGAUUUUACUGUACUUCAUUAAGCAAGUACUAAACUAAAUGCUCAGUAACUACUGCACAUUAAUGAAUGUGCAGACAUGCUCUCUGUGCCUUGGUUCCCCCUCUUUAAAACAGAGAUCAGAAUACUUACUCUCCCACAAUGGGGUUGUGAGGAAAACUACAUUAAAGGUUGCAGGCACAUGACACUUUCACACUGGUGUAUUUCACAUUGGUUUUGUUUCUGUCAGGAUCUGGAGUGAACAUACAAGCAGCAUACUCCAGAGUAUCAGUUUAUAGGCUGCUAGUACAGUUCCUAGCUAGUUGGUAGGAGGGUAGCAGACAGUAGCUUUAGCAAAGCUGUCCUAGGAUAGUUAGUUGAAACUGCCUAAAGUUGUAGAUGUACUGCACACCCAGUGGUUACUGGUGUAUAGUUAGUAUAGAUUUUUCAUAGGAAAACUUUACAUUGGAAUAAAUGACUUACACCAGAAUAAGGCUAUAUUCUGUGUGUUCACUCAAACUUUCUACUGGUCUAAAGGCAGAUAACAAAUAUGUUGUGUUCAGACCCAAAAACUGUGAGGGCCAAAUAAGCACUGUAGGUAGAUAGGGAAAUGAAGUUCCCUAAACAUGGCAAUUCUUUGCUGUGCAAACUUCCAAACAAAGUUUUAAUCCUUUGGUGUUUUGAUCCUUGAUUCAUGAGCCUUUUUGCCAAACCUGGAGGUUCCCCAUGUAGGGUAAACAUUUUAAAAUAAAUGCUGUUGUACUAUAAUUAUUAUCAAUUAUGUGUUACAGCCUGAAAGAAUAUUAAGAGCUCGUGACAGAGAGAUCGCUGGUACCCUCUACAUACACUUUGACCACUGUAAUUUUAAGGAAUCAUUUUCUCCAUGUGAGCACUUACAUUGUAAAGAAUGAUGUGGAACAGAGGCAUUAAACAUCUCUUCCUUUGUUUAUAACUAGAAAUAUAUAUCUGACUGCAUUAAAGAACAUGAAAACGAGUUUUGUCUUCUUUUCCUACUACUGUCAAACAAACUUCACCUUGGCGCUCAGCAUCACAUGGCAUUUGUCACUGGCAGGAAACAUAAACUUUACCUUGUGAAUAUAUAACUUACAGUCACUUCAUAGGAAGAACAAAAUCCUUUCAUCAUGUUCAGUUUUCUUCACUGUUUUAUUUCACUUAAAACAUCACUUUGUACCAAAUGGUUUUUGUCAGUAGUAAUUGGCAAAUGCUGGAGGCAGUUUUCAAGGCUGUCUGAAUGGAAAAUCUCAAAGUGGUUGUCUGCAUUGAAAGAAAAUAUUACAUCUGAUCUUUUUUAUGAUAUUCACAGACAUGAUGUAUGUCUGCAUUCUUGAGUUUGAAGAAUUCUAGUGGUUUUUUUAACUGUGAGGAAGUAACACUUCACUAUUAUUUUGCAGCAUUGUCUGAGAAAUAACCGCAAUACACAAUAAUGUGCUUUUUUUUUUUUAACACUUUGCGAAGGUCCAUUUUUACUAUCCAUUUAUUGUGGUUUUACAUGUUGGCAAGCUGUAAUACUCUGAAUGAUAACUUUGUAUAUUGCCUUUCAUCUACAUUUGUGUUUAGACAUAUAUUUCUUCCAAUGUGUUUCCUGUGAAUAAUGAGUUUGACUCAAAGACUGCCUUGCAAUAAAUCACUUUUCCCUUAA